UUCAGUAACACAAGCGGUAACCCCGAGCUACACUCGGGCUUACCAUGCGGCGUUGCUCAGGGAGUCCCUGCAGCACUUACCUUGUCCUUCGCUCCCAUGAUGUGUCCCCUGCAGCGUCCCCGGCCAUCUCCUCCGGCUGAUGCCGGCAUCCAGCUUCUGUGUUCCGGUCCCUGUGACGUUGGGACGUACGGGCGCCGCUGGCGGCGGGAAAUUUGAAAAUUUAAAAAAAAAAUUCAUUUUUUUUCAAAAUUGUGUCCCGAGUGCUUUGUCCGGCGCCCUGCCUGCAUUUUUACUGUUCUUUCUG